AUGCACCCUGACCUGUCACCCCACCUACACACAGAUGAGUGUAAUGAGCUCAUAAACCGCCUGAAACAAUGCCACGCUGAGCAUAACGUUCUGAAGUUCUUUGGGACUUGUAACGACAUUGACCGCGCCAUGCGGAACUGCCUUAAAAAUGAGAGGCUGGAAAGGCGGGAGCGCAGCAAACAACAUGCACUAGCCAUGAAAAAGAGACUGAAAGAAGGACACAAGGAGCAGCUCUGA